CCGUCCCCAAACUGCGCAGAUUCCAAAGAAAAAAAAGUAUCUCCACGUUGUAACGGUCCAAAAUUGUCAUGCAGGCGGACUAGUGCGGACACGACCAAGUGGACCGGACGCUGGUGGCGCACCGCCCAUCUCCCCUAUCAGCGGCUUCAGUCGUCUGUUGGCGGCGCGAUGCGAGGCAGCAGGGCGGGCGGAGAUGUUGACGGAGAGCGACCCCCUCUGUAGCCGGCAGUGAUGGACUAAAAUCGCCGUGUCUUGUCUACCUCCAUCUCGCUUCCUUCCAUCACUUGCCAGAGCCGUGCGGAGCGAGCAGGAUGUGGGCGAUGCUGCCACAGGGGAUUCAUUGUGGCUUCACUCAGAUGCACAUCCGUUGCAUGCCUUGAAACAGGAGAGUGUUUUUUUCUCCUGCACCUGUUCAAUCAGGAGAUUUUGCUCUGCAGCAGCUCGUCACCUGAAAGUGGCACUGGAAUGAUACCCUGAGGUGCACCGCCCCAAGCCAGGCCCCUGGAGAGGCGGUCGGAGAUCACUGUCUCCAUCCCCUUCUUCCUGCGCCUGCACUAUUAAAGCGCCACAGUGAUGCGGGGAGGACCUCUCUGAUCUGGGAUCAGCCGGGUGUUAGAUGGCCUGAUCUUAACAUCAAAACAGCUGGGGGAGGGCCUCUCUAGUGAACAUCCCUCUACCACUGCGCGGUAGCACAUGGAUUUCAAGACCUCAAAUGAAGAGACAAAGACUGGGAUUUAUUUGAUGCAAGAAGGUAAUGAGGAGCCGUUUAAUAUUCGACUGCACUUGGCUAAAGAUAUUCUGACCAUUCAGGAGCAAGAUGUCAUCUGUGUGUCGGGAGAACCUUUCUAUUCCAGCGAGAGGACUGUAACGAUCCGGAGACAGACGAUCGGAGGGUUUGGCCUCAGCAUCAAGGGUGGUGCGGAGCAUAAAAUCCCUGUGGUGGUAUCCAAAAUAUCCAAAGAACAAAAAGCGGAACUCUCUGGGCUGCUUUUCAUUGGCGAUAGCAUCCUGCAGAUAAAUGGAAUAAACGUGAGAAGCUAUCGCCACGAGGAAGUGGUUCAGGUUUUGAGAAACGCUGGUGAAGAAGUCACCCUUACCGUUUCUUUUCUAAAGAAGACUCCAGCCUUCCUCAAACUGCCUCUUUGUGAGGACUGCACAUGUAUCCCCAGUGACCAGAGCAGUGGGACCUCGUCUCCUUUGUGUGAUAGCGGCCUGCACUUGAACUACCAUCCUAAUAACACGGAUACGCUGUCCUGCUCGUCGUGGCCCACGUCCCCUGGACUCCGCUGGGAGAAAAGAUGGGUGGAUCUCCGCCUCAUACCGCUGUUGCACUCUCGCCUCUCUCAGCACAUGCCGGGCUCUGACGUGUGCAGAAAAAAUGCUUUCCAGGUCAUUGCUGUGGACGGCGUGUGCAGUGGCGUGCUCCAGUUCCCCUCGACCGAGGACUGCUUGGACUGGCUUCAGGCCACGGGCGGCAACAUCUCCAAUCUCACCAAGCACAACGUGAAGAAGAUCAACCGCAAUUUUCCAGUCAACCAGCAGAUCAUCUACAUGGGCUGGGCUGAUGAGAAAGAGCAAGACUCAGUCCAGGACCGAAUGUACUCGCCAAAGUUUCUGGCUUUAAGGGGUUCCUCUCUUUUCAAGUUCUGUGCUCCCCCGGUGACAACGUGGGACUGGACCCGAGCAGAGAAAAGCUUUACUGUCUAUGAAAUCAUGUGCAAGAUUUUAAAGGACAACGACCUGGUGGACAAGAGGCAGCACUGCUUCAGCGUGCAGACAGAGAGCGGCGAGGACAUGUUCUUCGGCGUGGAGCUCGAGUCGGAGCUGCUGGUUUGGGAAAAGGCCUUCCAGAUGGCCACUUUCCUGGAAGUGGAGAGGAUACAGUGUAAAACGUACACCUGUAUCAUGGAGAGCCACCUUAUGGGACUAACAGUUGACUUCAGCAUGGGCUUCGUGUGCUUUGAUGCCGCUUCUAAGGCUGUUCUGUGGAGAUACAAGUUCUCUCAACUGAAAGGAUCAUCAGAUGACGGCAAAAGCAAGAUCAAGUUUUUAUUCCAAAACCAAGACUCCAAAUCCAUCGAAGCAAAGGAACUGGAGUUUUCCAAUCUAUUUGCGGUGCUUCACUGCAUUCACGCAUUCUUCGCUGCCAAAGUGGCGUGCCUUGACCCCGUGUUUGUGGAGAGCCAGGCCGCAGCCGCCAACGCCGGCAUCCCUUCUCUGUCGAGCCUCUCGUGCAAUUCGCACACUCCCAAACUAAAAUUCACCACUUGACGCAGCACCUCUGGAUUAGUCACGACUCUGUAGUUUAAGAUGGGAGAAAGACAAAAAGGACUUCAUAAAGACUUCCUCAGGGAAAAAAAAAGUCUGGAAUUUCUCACAAAGCUUUUCUGGGACUUUGAGAGUACAAAAAGACUCAAUGGACACCAAGUGUGCAAUGUGAACAUAUUUUUAGGCCAACCUGGGACAUCCUUAUUAUUAGUCAAAUUAUUAUGAUCCACACAUCACAACAAGAAAAAGCAAGUGGUCUACUUUUGUAUGAACGCUUACUGAGGUUUUGGAAGGAUAUCUCUGCUUACUUUUUGUUUGCUUGCACUACAUGUGCAAAAGGGGACAUACAUCUUCAAUUAUUUAGGGAUCCAGGGGUUCUCUCCCUUUUUAUUUGUAUUUGUGUUACCUCUGGAAAAGUGAGAUUGAAUUAUGUCCAUCAAAAAUAUAACAGUUAAUAACUCGAGGUGUCAUCUAGAUUGAUGAUUUAAUUUAAACAAAUAAGGUGGCACAAUUGUCCAUCCAUCCAUCCAUUUUCUACCGCUAAUUCCCUUUGGGGUCGCGGGUGGCGCUGGUGCUUAUCUCAGCUACAAUCGGGCGGAAGGCGGGGUACAUCCUGGACAAGUCGCCACCUCAUCGCAGGGCCAACACAGAUAGACAGACAACAUUCACACUCACAUUCACACACUAGGGCCAAUUUAGUGUUGCCAAUCAACUUAUCCCCAGGUGCAUGUCUUUGGAAGUGGGAGGAAGCCGGAGUACCCAGAGGGAACCCACGCAUUCAUGGAGAGAACAUUCAAACUCCAAACAGAAAGAUCCCGAGCCCGGGAUUGAACCCCAGACUACUCAAAACCUUCGUAUUGUGAGGCAGACGCAAUAACCCCUCUUCCACCGUGAAGCCAGGGUGGCACAAUUGUGAGAAAUAACAUUUUUCUCCACUUCCUGUCCGAACUGUUAAAACUCCCAGCGUACUUAAAUGCGUCACAACAGGGGGGUGGGGUGGGGGGGUCUCUCCCUUUUUAUUUGUGUUAUCUCUGGAAAAGUGAGAUGUAAUGAUGUCCAUCAAAAAUAUAACAGUUUAUUCCUCAAGGUGUGACACAUGGUCAUCUCAAUUUAUGAUUUAAUUUAAAGGUGACACAAUUGUGAUAAAUAGAAUUCUCCCACACUUCCUGUCCAAACUGUUAAAAUUCCCAGGGUAUUUAAAUGCGUCAUAACAAACCACGUCUACGUGACAUCCUUCUCUUCUUCAGUCGGUCAGCCGUGGCCGCGCAACAAUUUAUCCAUCCGUUUUUUACUGCUUGUCCCUCUCAGGGUAGCGGGGGUGGCUGGAGCCUAUCCCAGCUGCAUUCGGGCGGAAGGCGGGGUGAACCCUGGACGCGAAAUGAAAAUUAAAAAUAUUGAUAUGACUAAUGGAACAGACAUAAUUACACUAGCAAACUACAAGUACAUUUCAAGUUGAAGUGGCGGUGAAAAGCAGUGCUAACUUCUAGCAAACGUAAAGAAGAAGAGUAGUUCAGGUAAGUCACCUGUUGUAUUUAUUUCCUAAAUGUAGUUACGUCAACAAUAUGUUGUUUAGAGCAGGGGUCACCAACAUUUUUGAAACCAAGAGCUACUUUUUGUGUACUGAUUAAUGCGAAGGGCUACCAGUUUGAUACACACUUAAAUUGAUUGCCAGAAAUAGCCAAUUUGGGUAUUCCGUCGUACAUUUUUUUUCCUUUUACAGGUUUUUUUUGUAGAGGAUAAAUGAUGAAAAAAACACUUAAUUAAACGGUUUAAAAGAGGAGAAAACACAAAAAAAUGGAAAUGUAAUUUUGAAACAAAGUCUAUCUUCAAUUUCGACUCUUUAAAAGUCAAAUUCAACCGAAAAAAAAUGAAGAGAAAAACUAGCUCAUUCUAAUCUUUUUGAAAAAAAAAAAAAUAAUAAAUUAUGGAACAUCAUUAGUAUUUUUUCCUGAUUAAGAUUAAUUUCAGAAUUUUGAUGACAUGUUUUAAAUAGGUUAAAAUCCAAUCUGCACUUUGUUAGAAUAUAUAACAAAUUGGACCAAGCUAUAUUCCUAACAAAGACAAAUCAUUAUUUCUUCUAGAUUUUCCAGAACAAACAUUUUUAAAGAAAUUCAAAAGACUUUGAAAUAAGAUUUGAAUUUGACUCUACAGAUUUUCUAGAUUUGCCAGAAUAAUAUUUUUGAAUUUUAAUCAUAAUAAGUUUGAAGAAAUAUUUUACAAAUAUUCUUCGUCAAAAAAACAGAAGCUAAAAUAAAGAAUUAAAUUAAAAUGUAUUUAUUAUUCUUUACAAUGAUAAAAAAAAAACUACUUGAACAUUGAUUUAAAAUGUCAGGAAAGAAGAGGAAGGAAUUUAAAAGGUAAAAAGGUAUAUGCGUUUAAAGAUCCUAAAAUCAUUAUUAAGGUUGCAUUUUUUCUCUAUAAUUGUCUCCCUGAAAGUUAUAAGAAGCAAAGUAAAAAACAUAAAUUAAUUUAUUCAAACAAGUGAAGACAAAGUCUUUAAAAUAUUUUCUUGGAUUUUCAAAUUCUAUUUGAGUUUUGUCUCUCUUAGAAUUAAAAAUGUCAAGCAAAGUGAGACCAGCUUGCUAGUAAAUACAUAAAAUUUAAAAAAAUAGAGGCAGCUCACUGGUAAGUGCUGUUAUUGGAGCUAUUUUUAGAACAGGCCAGCGGGCGACUCAUCUGGUCCUUACGGACCCGCGGGCACCGUGUUGGUGACCCCCUGGUUUAGACUCUUACUUAAUGAGUUAUUUGUCUGAUGGCGCUGCUUUCAAACCACAAAAACGAGCACCCUUAAAUACAGCUGCCAUGUAAAAGUAACAGUCGACAACAACUGUACAAACGGUGAUGGGCAAGCUACAAGGAAAAUGUAGUUAACUAAGCUACUACUUACUCUCAAUAAAUGUUGCUGAGCUACGGGGUGAACUAUCCCUGUAGAAUGACCAGACGGAGGGAAAUACUUUCUGAAGUGAACUUUGUUUAUAAGGUGGUACAGCUCUCAGUGCUACUGGUUGUUAUCACAGCUCCUAUAUAGAUAAGAACCAGCUUGCGCAUGCGCAGUACACAAUAACAAAUACAGUGGCUGCCAAGGUACAAUAUACCAAGAGAGCAUUAUAUGAAUGCUCCACAUCCCUCUUCUUUAGCUCAACGUAAAAAUAAUAUUUCAAUACUCAGCUGAACUUCAUAAUAACUCAAAUUCUAAAAUGUAUCAAAAAAAAUCUCUAUAGGGUCUUCAAUGUCCAGAGGGUCUCCUUGUGCCUCACCAUGGAGAGGAGGUGCUCCAUAGACAGCUGAAAAGAAGGGCUGCAAGUCGGCACUGUCGGUCGUUGCUCGGCAACCACCAGAUCAAUCAUCCAUCCAUCCAUCCAUUUCCUACCGCUUUUUCCAUUUUGGGGUCGCGGGGGGCACUGGUGCCUAUCUCAGCUACAAUCGGGCGGAAGUUGGGUACACCCUGCACAAGUCGCCACCUCAUCGCAGGGCCCAGAUCAAUCAUAUAUCUGUGAUAUAUGAUUCAACUGUCUCACCUUGGAUCUGGGACCUUGUGUUGAAUUUAUGUCUCUCCAUUGUGAUGUUUAUUUGGGGACUGCAGAUCUCCCGAAAUUAAACAUUCGGGGUCCUCUUUUGACUCAGCCCGAGUGAUGACCGGCCCUGGUACGCCAUCAGCGGCGGGUCUUCUCACUUCCGGUGUGUAAACAAACGAUCUUUCUCUUUCAAUAGCCUCCGAUCCAUCUAGAUUGAGGAGAAUGUAGGCUUGUGUGCGGACCGCCUUGUCAUAGUGUGCAGCCACGAUGAAAAUGUCAUAUUCCUGUUCAAACACUCACCAGUUCUCUGCAAUGUGUUCAUCAAAGACGAGAGGGUCCGGUCUGCGGAAGCCGUCUGCCAUGUUGCACGGCGCGCGUUGGAAUUGCCGUUAGCAACGUUAGAAACGGUCCAGAGUUCUUACUUGAUGUACCUUUGUGAUCCGUGGCAAGCUGCACGUCCCAAAGUGUCCGCGUUCACUUCUGACACCAUGUAGAAUGACCAGACGUAGGGAAAUACUUUCUGAAGUGAACUCUGUUUAUUAGCUACUCGCUGGUACAGCUCUCAGCCCCCACUGGUUGUUAUCACAGCACCUAUCAGCACCUAUAUAGAUAAGAACCGGCUUGCGCAUGCGCAGUACACAAUAACAAAUCCAGUGGCUGCCAAGGUACAAUAUACCAAGAGAGCAUUACGUAAAUGCUCUACAAUCCCCACAGAACUGUAGACAGCUACACUACAAGUUACACGGCAAAGGUAGCCUACUACAUCAGGGGUCCCCAAACUACGGCCCGCCAGCGUCCAAAAUCCAGGCCGUUAAAAAAAAAAUUCCAUCCAUCCAUCCAUCCAUCCAUUUCCUACCGCUUAUUCCCUUCGGGGUCACGGAGGGCGCUGGAGCCUAUCUUAGCUCUCAGCUACAAUCGGGCGGAAGGCGGAGGACACCCUGGAUAAGUCGCCACCUCAUUGCAGGGCCAACGUAGAUAGACAGACAACAUUCACACUCACAUUCACACAGAAGGGACCAUUCAGUGUUGCCAAUCAACCUAUCCCCAGGUGCAUGUCUUUGGAAGUGGGAGGAAGCCGGAGUACCCGGAGGGAACCCACGCAGUCACGGGGAGGACAUGCAAACUCCACACAGAAAGAUCCCGAGCGCAGGAUCAAACCCAGGACUUUCGUAUUGUGAGGCAGACGCACUAACUCCUCUUCCACCGUGCUGCCCUAUUAGUAAUAUUAAAUUUAUUUUUGUAUUAUUAUUAUUUUUUUUUUUAGAAAUUUGUCCUUUCUAAUCCAUUUUCUACUGCUUGUUACUCUCUGUGUCUCCUAGCUGCUCAGGCAAAUCAUAUUGUCUAAAAAUGCACUUUCCCAUCGACAACGUGACAUUAUCGCGAGAGCCCGGCAAGUGCCCGCUCUCUCAGUCAAUUAGUUUACAAGGAAUAUAUAUUGCAACCCCCGAGUCAAAAAGUUUGGGGACCCCUGUACUACAUCAACAAAACAUAAUGAUGUUUUAAUUAAUGUACAACUUUCCACCAUACAAAUCUGCAGAGAAUAAAUGCGCAGUUUGAUUGUUUAUUUCAGUUAACACAAACUGGAAACAUGCUCUCUGUCUGGCUUUUUUAACAUAUUAACAUUUCUUCUAACUUGCAAAGUUGGGGUACCCUUUGCAAAAUUAGGGGUGUGGGGGCACACUGGAAACAAAUUAAAUUAAAGGCAGUGAAACAAUAACGAUAAUAUUAAAUAAACACUAAAAUAUAUGCUCUAUUGGAAUGGAGAGUUUUCAGCACAGGAUAAAUUACUGUUUCAACAGAAACCCCAGUGGCAAAAUGACAGUAACAUGGCCAAAGAAAAAGCGUAACAACUUUGUCUCACAAAACACACAUUAUCAAAUGUCAUUUUUACCCUACAGCAGGGGCCGGCAACCCAAAAUGUUGAAAGAGCCAUAUUGGACCAAAAAUUCAAAAACAAAUCUCUCAGGAGCCGCAAAAAAUGAAAAGCCAUAUAUAAGUCUAAUAAGGCAACGCAUGGCGUAAGUGUCUAUAUUAGCUCUAAUAGUCUACUAUCAGAAUGACUACGUGUCGCAGUCUGAAGCAAAUCUUCAUUGACGGAAAUGUUGAAAUUUUAUAUUUAUUCUACACAUUUUUAAAACAAUAGAAACCAUUAGUAAAGCAGAGGCUACUCCAAAGGUGAGAUAAUUCCUGGAAAUUACUGGCUUUUAAUGGCCAAAGGUAUAGAUGUGUGUGCAAGCUAAAGGAAACAGCAGGCUGUCUUCUUUUAAUAGAUUUAUUACAAGCUUUGGUAAGAUAGGUAAUGUUUGCUGUGGUUUGGAACAACAUGGCACAAAAUCAACUAUCUGAAAUGCAGCCAAUAUUACAUACAGAUAAUGUGUCAUGAGACAUGCAAAACUAAAAUAUAUACGUACACAGAGGAUAAAAGUAAAGGAUAAUAAAUAAGCUCAAAUAUACCUACAAAUGAAGCGUAAUUAUGCAAUAUGUACAUACAGCUAGCCUAAAUAGCAUGUUAGCAUUGAUUAGCUUGCUGAUUAGCACACUAAGAAGUCACUAACAUCAACAAAGCGUACCUCAGUGCAUUCACGCACAGCAUGAACCUUUUGGUGGACAAAAUGAGACAAAGAAAGAGUGGAAGAUUUUACGUGUAAACAAACUGUUGCGUCACAGUCCACACUAUGGUGAGUUCAAGAACCGCCAAAAUUAGUAGGACAAAACGAUGUUCACCAAAUACUCUCAUCAGUAAAGCACACAUACAAACAUAUUAAACAGUGGGCUUUCCAACAACUCGGAAGGUUUGUGUCAUGUUUGUCCAAAAACAUACUAAAACAAAAAAAAUGUUUUCCCCCUUUUUUUUUCCAUUUUCAAUGCUUUUUUAAAAUUGCUCCAUGGAGCCAAUAGGGCUGCACUAAAGAGACGCAUCUGGCUCAAGAGCCGCGGGUUGCUGACCCUGGCACUACAGGAAUUAAUAAAAGUGAACAUAUUUUUGUGCCAGAACUGGGCUACUAUGUAGCUUUUAUACCAGUGUUAUCUAAGCAGCAUGGGGUAAUCGGUAUUGACACUUUCCCAUCGCCUCUCUCCUCCCCGAGUGGUUUGUUCACACAGCUGUGCACUGUCAAGUUAGCCAGAACAAAACAGAAUGUUUAUAAAAUGUGUAAAAUAGUGUUAAUUUAAAAAAAGUACCGGUAACUAACCUAUUGAUGCACCCUGGAAGAAACAUAAUUAUUUAAUUAAGACCCUCACUUCAUGUGUUUUGUGCCACCGCUGCAGGAAAUGUGUUUUGAUUUUACGUCUUACUUUUAAAGUGCCCAGGGGGACAAGCGGUAAAAAAUGGAUGGAUGGAUUGACUCGCCAUAUCUUGCCUCUGAUUGGGCUAUAUUAAUAUUUUGCCCUAACCUUAGCUAAUCGUAACUCAUCAUCAUAGAUAUCCUCAAAGGUAAACCAACCAAUCAUCAUGGAGUUUCUCCUUUUUUUUUUUUUUUUUUUAGGAUGGAUGGAUUUGCUUUUCCUUUUCACUCUUUGAAGCUUGUACCUUUUAUGGAUGCUACAUGGGUCUAAAAAUAGCUAAGCUACACCAAUUGCUAGUAAUUCAAAAAGUACAGCCAUGCUACUGGGAAAUGUAGUUAGGCUACUCGUGGCUCAUUAACGCCCAUCACUGUGUAAAAAGAACUAAAAACUAACAAAAAUGACUCAUUGCACAAUCAAUGCAAGUAUUAAGCUUGUAUGAGUAAGUUUGGAUGAGUUGGGUGUGGACGAACAAGUCUAUUAAACACCCUUAGGCCCUGUUUACACUGCACACCAAAUCAGAUUUGUUUUAGCCCUCAAGUGACACAGAUCAGAUUUUUAUUUGUAUUUUUUGCCAGUCUAAACGCUCCAAAGUAUUUCAAAUCUGAUCUUUUGGCAUCAGAUUCAGGCCAUAUCAGGAGGUCGUCUGAUUGGAAUCUGAUCUUUCCAAAUGUGACUUCAGUCUAAACACAGUUUGACCUGAAUGUGAUUUUUUUCCGUUAGCUUUGGGCAAACUCUGUCACUCGUGUGCGCCGGGAAAGAUUCAGUCGCCAGCGGAAGUGAAUAUUUCAUCACAACAACUGGUUUCGGUGAGCAAAGUCUAUUUAAGACGACCGAAUAUUAUAAAUGUAUUAUAGUGCGCAAAUAAUAGGAUAUAUGUAAUAAGUAAAUAUAUAUUUUCAUUCUGAAGAAAUAGCGAUUGUUGAAAGACCGGAAUUGACGCUGUGGCGCAUUUGCUUACAUGUGAGUUGAAAAAUAAAGCUCACGUAGAUACACCCUGAUGUCCGUCCCUCCUCUACUUAACAUCCAUUGAAGGAUUAGACCCCUCCCAAAUAAAUUACACUAUAUCCAUUUAUACAUGAUUUUUUUUUACAUUUAUUUUCACUUAAAAGAGUAACACAAAUUUUGGCCUGCAGUGUAUACAAAGUCUUAGAAGGAGGUGUCCAAAUACCUUUGUCCAUAUAGUGUACUCUAGUAGCAGGAGCAAAUUGUUUACCGCUGAUUUAAUUACAUUCAAUAAUAGGCUCAUCUCUACAUCAUAAUUAGUAAACGUGACUAGAAAAGUAGACUUACUUUCCCAACAAUGUGUAAAUAAGCAUUGACCUUAAAGAAUGACUAUGUGUAACGAUUCAUUUGUAGAAGUACUGUUAGUGUGGGGUGUCAAACGUGAAGCGCCACUGAGGAGGGUUUAGUUAUGUCUGCUAUAUACUGUAUAUGUAUAUUUUUGCCACAAUAUAGAUUGCAGGAUUUGGCAAGUAUUUGAGUAUGUUAUAGCCCUCAAAAAGAUUAUUUAUUUGCCAAAUUGAGAUUAAUAGUAAAGACUAAAAAUUGUUCCAUUUGUCAUUUACCAACAAAGCUCAAUUUUUUUUUUUUUGCUUACCAUAUUUUGACCCACGUUGGAUUAGUUUUUAAGCAUAGGAGCUCACAGUGGAAAACAUGUGGACACCAUUGCUCUAUGUAGUAUUCUCUAAGUCAUUUAUUAUUAACUCUAUGGACCAACUUAGAAUACCGUAUUUCCUUGAAUUGCCGCGGGGCGCUAAUUAAUUUAAAACCUCUUCUCACUCCUGCGCUUACCAAAGGCAUGCGGUAAAAGAAAGCAUGCGCUAAUUAUUUUAAAACCUCUUCUCACUCCGGCACUUACCAAAGGUAUGCAGUAAAAAUUUUAGUUUGAUGUAAGCUUGGACCUUAAAUCCUACUGGAUAGCUCUUCCCUUUAUGCAAUUUCAAAUGACCGGUAUUGAAAUCCGCCUCCUCCAUUUUGAAAAUGAUGACAGGGGAAGUGUCACUCGUGACAUCACAAGUUUGACCAGGCGGUAAUACUAAGCAUGCGCUAAUUAUUUUGCGACGCGAGUUUGACCCGUCAGUAAUUCAAGGCAGGCGCAUACUAAAUGCCCGGCGGCAAUUCAAGGAAAUACGGUAAUAUAAUGAGCUAUGAUUGUUUACUUUUAUUUCAUGGAUAUAUUUUCACUCCAGUUUGUAAAUACUGAUAGAAAUACUUAUUAAAUAUUACUUCUUAUAUUAGAAGGCCACUCAAUGGUAUGAGAGGCCAUUUUAUAAUAAUUCAGCUCUGCUCCAAUUUGGACUUCUGAAGUCAAAUAAAUUGCAAAUAAUACCUGAGCUCCCCUGAGUCCAUCAACUCUGGGGGUCAAAUUGGGGUCAUGGCAGAGUGAUUCAUAGUCCUGAGUUUUGAGGGAAUGAAAGGUUUGUGCACAAAUGAGGCUUCUUGUGCUUUGCAACGAUCUUGGUUGGCAUUAUUUACCCCUCAAAAACACAGGAUUUUAAGAGAAUUGAGUGGAUUUUAUUUUUUGGCAGAUGUUUUAUUAACAAAUGUGCUGUGUCAUAAAUAAUAAAUGAGAUAUUUUAUUACACUGAUUGUUUUUUUGUGUGUAUUAGAGCGUACACUUAUACAAAUGAGCAAAUAAAGCAUUUUGGUCAAUCUUUCUGAUUAUUGAUGUCUCAAUUGUAGAUAUAAUAUUUAUUGAUGAACUUUAUACAUUCCAUUUUCAACACUUUUAUAACAGUUUUAUGUAUCAAAAUUGAGUACAUUUAAAUCACUAAGAGUUUUCAUGUUUAAUGUCUAUUCUAAUGCAGUCGUUUUCUAGAAAAUAUGUAUUGCUUUACAUGUAUUAGCAAAUAUUUUUUUUCAAAUUUAAAAAGGAGUUGUCAGGGCUGGGCGAUAUAUCGAAUAUACUCGAUAUAUAGCGGGCUUGUCUCUGUGCGAUAUAGAAAAUUACUAUAUCGUAAUAUUCGAGUAUACGUUCUCACGCAGUUGCUUUUAGCUGUGGGCAUUACACUGCAGGCUUUUAUCACUCUUUGUUGUCUCUCCUUCUCACAGAGACAUAAAACAAGCGCACCGUCUUACAUACGUCACAUACAUAUACGCCCCUCGCGGAGCAAAGCGGUAGUAGCAUGGUUAGCGUUAGCUGUGUUGCAAGUGUUAAUACGAGAGAAAGAAAGUACGAAUCUGGUAACAAAUGAAGGAAGAAUUAAUUCCCAAGAUAAACAGCAGGGGAUCCAUCGUCUGGUGGUGGUUUGGCUUCAAACGGGAAUAUGUCAAACAGACAACCGUAAUUUGUCGAGUGUUAGGCAAAAGCGUUGCUACAAAAAGUAGCCGUACUGCUAAUACUAAAAGUCACCUGCGAUAGAAUGAAGAGUGCUUGAAACCGCACAUGUCAACAUCUCAGUUCGGUGCCACACCAACAAAAUGCAGAGGCAACCAUUUCCACAUUAACACCGUAUGAAAAAAAUACUCAACAACAGAAGGGGAUAACGUCCGCAGGAACCUACCAAAUAGCGAAGGACAUACACUAUUUGAUUUACUAUUAUACCGCCCAUUUUUAUUUGACAGUUAUUAAAAUAUCUUGUGUGACAUCAUGCACAGAAGUGCACUUUAUUCUUUUUAAACUAUUGUGGCGUUCUGUACAAAAAGUGCACUUUAAUUUAGUGUUGUGUUGAUAUGUCAUCUUAGUGACAAUCUUGCACUUUCUGUUUUGAAAUGACAUGAGUGUUUGUGCCGCUGCUUAAUAACUGUUUAAUAAAUACAGUUUUGUUAAUUAA